AUGCCUGCUGCACCUCCGGUCGCAUUGCUCUACUUGCAUCCCUCCUGCAUGCACGUGCUGUGGGGCGGCCUCUGUUGGGAGGGCGAUCUCAUGUGGGAUGAGUCAGUGCGCACCAAUGCCACCACCCGCCACCUCCCUCUCCCCCUCACCGCCCUCACCUCCCCAUCCCACCCGCUCGCCCACCACCAGGGCGGUGCGGCAGCAGCGAGUGGGGCAGGAGCAGCACGGGGCGAAGCAAUAGCUGGCAUCAGCUUGACAGCAGCUGGCGUCCACUUGGGUGGAGGUAGGGCGGGGUGGGGCGAGGAGGAGGAGGGGAUGGAGGAGAGGGAGCGAGCGCUGAUGACUGGCAUCGCGUCCCUGCAGGGCGAGGUGUGUGCGAGGGAGGAGGGAGUGGGUCUGUCAACAGUGACUGCAGGGCUGCGGGAGCAGCAGCAGCGGCUGGGGGAGUUUGAGGCGCAUGUGGGGGGGGCGGUGGGGGGAGGGGAGGUGCUGGUCUUUGCGGGGUUGAGCAGCCACACCCCGCCUCCAUCCCACCAGAUUGCAGCUGCCCCGAGCGCCUUCGCGUUCACAGCAGCCUUCCAACACACUCCCAGCGAGCCACAAUGCGAGUUCACGGCACGCUGGUUAGAAGUGAAGGUGGCGGUGCGACCUCUCAAUGCGGCGAGCGGCAGGACGGCGGCAGCGCCGGUCACGAGGGCGUCCGCCAUCAUGGACUACGUCUCCGACAUGAGCCGCGCCGCGCCCAAGGGGCUGUUCCCGCCGGAGCCGGAGAAGUACACGGGGCCGAAGCUCAAGGUGGCCAUCGUGGGCGCGGGGCUGGCCGGCAUGUCCACCGCCGCCGAGCUGCUCGACCAGGGCCACGAGGUGGACAUCUACGAGGCGCGGCCGUUCAUAGGCGGCAAGGUGGCGAGCUUUCAGGACAAGGACGGCAACCACAUCGAGAUGGGGCUGCACGUCUUCUUCGGCUGCUACAACAACCUCUUCCGCCUCAUGGCCAAGAGUGGGGCGGUGGACAACCUGCUGCGCAAGGAGCACACACACGUCUUCAUCAACAAGGGCGGUGUCACUGGCGAGCUGGACUUCCGGUUCAUAACGGGCGCGCCCUUCCACGGGCUCAAGGCAUUCUUCACCACCAACCAGCUCUCGCCGGUGGACAAGGCGUUCAACGCGCUGGCGCUGGCGACGAGCCCUGUGGUGCGCGCACUGGUGGACCCCGAGGGCGCCUUCCAGGACAUCCGCGACCUCGACAAGGUGAGUUUCAGCGAGUGGUUCACGUCGCACGGCGGCACGAGGGAGAGCAUCAAGCGCAUGUGGGACCCGGUGGCGUACGCGCUGGGGUUCAUAGACUGCGACAACAUCAGCGCGCGCUGCAUGCUCACCAUCUUCGCCUUCUUCGCCACCAAGACCGAAGCCUCCGUGCUGCGCAUGCUCUGCGGCUCGCCCGACCGCUUCCUUGCUGGGCCCAUCGCCAAAUACAUCACCGACCGUGGCGGCAGGUUCCACGUGCGGCAGCCAUGCCAGGAGGUGCUCUACUCCACCGCCGCUCAUGGCUCCACCGUUGUCACUGGCCUGCGCAUGAAGCAGGCGGGAGGCAAGGAACAAAUUGUGACUGCAGAUGCAUAUGUUGCUGCGUUGGACGUGCCCGGGGCGAAGAGGCUGGUACCGGGGGAGUGGAGGGAGCGGUGGGCGCAGUUCAGGGACAUCUACGAGCUGGUGGGCGUGCCCGUCAUCACCGUGCAGCUGCGCUACGAUGGCUGGGUCACCGAGAUGAAUGACAUUGAACUCUCUAGGCAGCUGGCGCGGGCGGCAGGGCUGGACAAUCUGCUCUAUUCGCCGGAUGCGGACUUCUCAUGCUUCGCUGACCUGGCGCUCACGAGCCCCGACGACUACUACAAGGAGGGCCAGGGCUCGCUCAUGCAGGUGGUGAUCACACCAGCCGACCCCUACAUGCCCAUGACCAACGAGGCCAUCGUCGCCAAGAUGAAUGAACAGGUGAUGGAGCUGUUCCCAUCAGCGCGCGGGCUGACACUGCUGUGGCACUCGGUGGUGAAGAUCAACCAGUCGCUGUACCGCGAGGCUCCCGGCCUCGACCAGUUCCGCCCCGACCAAAAGACCCCCGUCCCCAACUUCUUCCUCGCCGGCUCCUACACCAAGCAG